AUGGCCAUCGAUCUGAACACGAUGACGGUGGGCCAAGAGCUCUUUCCUCCCACUCCGCGAGCGUUUGGCCUACUGUUCAACUUUUUCCGGUCAAUCCUGUUUAUAUCUGUGCUACUAUGGACUCCUCUCGGACAAAUCCAAGCGAUGGGAAGGACAUCGAUCAUCUCCAAAUUCAACCUCCCCGGUCGAUAUGCGUGGGCGGCAGCCGAAUCGGUGGGACCAUUGAACCUCAUUUACAUACUCUAUGCUCUGCCCGCGAAGUUGAGACCGUCUCUUGAUGCUCCCUCGAGCUUUCUCGGCACUGGACUUCCUAUGCAGAGUGAGAUUUUGGGGUGCUUGUAUGUUCUUCAUUACCUUAACCGCGCAUUUAUUGCGCCACUAUUUCUCGCGCCCAGCAUGUCACCAAUCCAUCCGUCGAUAACUGUUAUGAUGAGUGUCUUUCAGUUUACGAAUUCUAGCAACCUCGCUUGUUGGCUCGUCUACACAGUGGCCACGGGGGAUUUCCAACAUCAACCUCUGAUUUCAUUCGGUUCAGUCAUUGGGAUGACCCUGUUCUGGAUUGGAAUGUUUGGCAACAUCAAAGCAGAAACCAAGCUGUUCGAGCUCCGGAGAGGAGCGGCCAAACGCAAGGCUAAAUCCGAGGGCAAAGCACAAGUCACCUACGACAAGGUCUAUGUGAUUCCACCUCCAGAGGGUUGGUUCAAGUCUAUCUUAUUCCCACAUUAUGUUAUGGAGUGGGUGGAAUGGACGGGGUAUUGGAUACUGGCAGGAUCGUGGGGUCUAGGCUAUGGCAAUUCGAGCCCAGCUCUGUGGUUUGUCCUCGCAGAAAUUGCAACCAUGCUUCCAAGGGCGGUCUCAGGUCGACAGUGGUAUGAACAGAAAUUUGGCAAGCGCGCAGUGGCUGGCAGAGCUGGAGCAAUACCACUACUUGGAUUGUGA